CUCCAUGGAACUGCUAUCUCCAAGGACAUCUGGGAGGAGGCCCCAUGAGGCCUUGCACAAGAAGUCAGUUCCUGCCAACCAAAGCCUGGGGUGCCCACAAGUGCCCCCUUCCUGUAGUUCAUCUAAGAAUCCCAGCAGGAAAGGGUCCUGGCAGUCACUGUCCUGGCUAGCUGACAGGCUGCAUUGUUCAUCUGUUCUCCAUCCAGCCAGCAGGGAAGGUUCAGGAUGUUACCCACAACCCCCAGGACCCUGCAGCUGAGGCUAACUGUCUGUGUUGCAUUCACUGAGGAUUUCUGACUUCGUAUGUGUCUUAGUCCCUGGACCAUUCACAGCUCCUGAGCCUGAGUCCCUGUACCAGCUCCACCUCCACAGGACAGGGUUAAGGACAAGCUGUUAACCCCUGCUCUAAGAAGUCCCAUGCACAGUGUGCAAUUAUAGUCGGUACCAGGGAAAGCCAGGGCUGGGGCAUCCCUUACCAUCCAUGGGCCAGCCUUUGUCAGCUCAUGGCGUUCCUGUAGACUGCAAGUUGACACUACUGAGAUACCCUUGUAUAAUAGGCCAGCAGACAGGCCCAGGUGAGACAAGCCCCAGGGUCACACGAAGAUAAGUCCUAGACAGAGCCUAGCUCCUUAUGACAAGCUCUUCAAAGCACUCGGGAGGCAGAGGCAGGUGGAUCUCUGUGAGUUCAAGGCCAGCCUGGGCUACAGAGCGAGAUCCAGGACAGGCUCCAAAGCUACAGAGAAACCUUGUCUCAAAACCACACACACACACAAAAAAAGAUUUUCCUAUCACUGACCACCCAGCACAUGGCUUCUCAGGACAGUUUUUAAAGAUGUAUAAGAGGCUAAAGACGGAGCUCAGCUGGCUGGAGCGCUUGCCUAGUAUACAUGAAAUUCCCAUGUUCAGUUUGGAGUCCGCAUAAACUAUGUGGUAAGGACACCUAUAAUCCCAGCACUUGAGAGGCGGAGGCAAGAGGAUCAGAAGUUAUCCUCAGCUACAUAGCAAGUUCAGGCCAGCCUGGGCCACGUGAGACACCCCCCCCCCACACACACACACCCCAGAAUAGUUGGCAGGGUGGCACAGCUUGAGUUACAGGUGCUGUGGAAGAGAGGACACCACAUCCUGACAUAGGACUUGUCCUGGUCCACAGAGGCAAGCUGUUGAUCCUGGACUUGUCCUGAUCUGAUCCCCUAAGCAGAGAGGAGGAAGCUUGUGAACAUGUACUGGAUGGCCAUGUACAGCCACUGAGUAGACUGUCCUGACAUCCUUGGCCUGCACCAGGGUGGGGCUCUAGGCCCCCUUAGAGAAUCUGAGAGCCUUGCAAUUGGGGUCCCAAGCCUUCCACAUUCCAAUAGAAACUUCCAGUGGGGUGGGCAGGGCAGGGCAGGGCUGGAUGGAUGCACAGGAUGGCCAAGACCUGACCUUUGGUCAGAAAGAGCCAAGCAGGGGCCCCCUUCCAGAGAUACUUUUACAGCUGGAUGCUUGGCCUGUCAUCAUUGCGUGGGACCCAGCCAAGGGGCUGCAGGUAUAAAGGAGCUGAGCCCUUUCCAGUGAGAGCUAAGUCAGCCGGUGAGGCCACUGUGGACUGAUAACUGCGUAGUCUCCUCUAGGCUACACAGCCUUCCUAGCCCUGGGACAUCCCAAUCUGGCCAUGUACCUGCAUAGCAACCUCCUUUCAGCCUUGGUCCUGUUUAUAGCUGCACAAUCCCUAGGCAAGACCUGGGUGCCCAGCCACUGCAGAAGCCCCAUUGAAGCUGUGUGCAACUUUGUGUGUGACUGUGGAGACUGUUCAGAUGAAGCCCAGUGUGGUUUCCACGGUGCUUCAACUACCCCGAGCAUGAGCAUCCCUUUCACCUGCAGCUUUGAGCAGGACCCCUGUGGCUGGCAGGACAUCAGCACCUCAGGCUAUAGCUGGCUUCGAGACCGGGCAGGGGCAGUGCUGGACGGUCCUGGGCCUCGUUCUGACCAUACACAUGGCACCGACUUGGGCUGGUACAUGGCUGUGGGAACCCACAAUGGGAAGGAGGCAUCCACUGCGACUCUGCGUUCCCCUGUCAUGCGUGAGGCAGCUCCUACCUGUGAACUGAGGCUCUGGUACCACACAGCCUCUAGAGAUGUUGCUGAGCUGCGGCUGGAGCUGACCCAUGGUGUAGAGACACUGACCCUGUGGCAGAGCUCAGGACCCUGGGGUCCUGGCUGGCAGGAGCUGGCAGUGAACACUGGCCGUGUCCAGGGUGACUUCAAAGUGAGCCGUGUGGUCUUCCAGGCUGGGCACAAUGGGGAAGGUCUGGGUACCGACCUAGAUCCUAAGGAUCCGUCCUCUCUCCAGGUGACAUUUUCUGCCACCCGAAAUGCCACACACAGGGGUGCUGUGGCCUUGGAUGAUGUGGAGUUCCGGGACUGUGGGCUACCCAGACCUCAGGCCAGCUGCCCCCUGGGGCAGCACCACUGUCAGAACAAGGCUUGUGUGGAGCCCCACCAGCUGUGUGACGGGGAGGACAACUGUGGAGACCGAUCUGAUGAAGACCCGCUCAUCUGCAGCCACCACAUGGCCACUGACUUUGAGACAGGCCUGGGACUGUGGAACCAGUUGGAGGGCUGGACCCGGAACCACAGUGCUGGCAGCAUGGUGAGCCCUGCCUGGCCCCACCGAGAUCACAGCCGGAAUAGUGCAUAUGGCUUUUUCCUGGUCUCGAUGGCCAAGCCUGGCACCACUGCUGUCCUCUUCAGCCCUGAGUUCCAAGCCUCAGUCCCCUACAACUGUUCGCUCACCUUCUAUUACUACCUGCAUGGGUCUGAGGCCAGCUGCUUCCAGCUGUUCCUGCAGGUACAGGGGCUCAACACCCCCCCGGAUCCUGUCCUGCUGCGGAGCCACCAUGGGGAGCUGGGGACAGCCUGGGUCAGAGACCGUGUUGACAUUCAAAGUGCCCAGCCAUUCAGGAUCCUUCUCGCUGGGGAGACUGGUCCAGGAGGCAUCGUGGGCCUGGACGACCUCAUCAUGUCCAAUUACUGCAAACUUGUUCCAGAUGUGUCCACAGUGCAAUCGUGUUCUGGAUCUGAGGCAUUAGCCCUCUGUCCCCAGACGUCCAUGGAGCUGCCUCUGGAAGCCUGUGAGCCCGGACAUCUCUCCUGUGGAGAACUGUGUGUCCCCCCAGAGCAGUUCUGCGACUUCCAGCAGCAGUGUGCAGAGGGCGAGGAUGAGCACAAGUGUGGCACCACAGACUUUGAGUCCGCCUCUGCUGGGGGCUGGGAGGACACGAGUAUAGGAAGGCUGCAGUGGCAACGGGUUGCAGCCCAGAACAGGAAGCUUGCCAGGGACGCUGACCGGGAUGUUCCUGGGCACUUCCUGUCUCUACAGAAGGCCUGGGGGCAGCUAAGAUCUGAGGCCCGGGCUCGCACACCUGCCCUGGGCCCCUCAGGCCCUCGCUGUGAACUCCACAUGACUUACCGUUUUCACAGUCAUCCCCAAGGCUUCUUGGCACUGGUUGUGGUGGAGAAUGGCUUCCGGGAGCUGGUGUGGCAGGCCCCAAGCAGCAGCAGCAGCAAGGGCUGGACCGUGGAGAAGGUUCUUCUUGGGGCACGGCACCGGCCAUUCCAGCUGGAGUUUGUGGGUCUGGUGGACUUGGAUGGCCCUGGCCAGCAGUGGGCUGAGGUGGACAAUGUGACCAUGAGAGACUGCAACCCCACAGUGACCACUGAGAGCGACCGAGAGGUCUCCUGUAACUUUGAACGGGACUCAUGCAGCUGGCACACAGGCCACCUCACAGAUGCCCACUGGCACCGUGUAAAAAGCCAUAGUUCCAAGUAUGACCACACCACUGGCCAAGGCUUUCUCAUGUUCCUGGAUCCCACGGACCCGCCUGCUCGAGGACAGGGUGCCCUCUUACUCACAAGACCCCAGGUGCCGCUUGUCCCCAAGGAAUGUCUCAGCUUCUGGUACCACCUGUAUGGGCCCCAGAUUGGGACACUGCGCCUGGCCAUGAGGAAGGAUGGGGAGGAAGACACACUACUGUGGUCCAGGUCAGGCACCCAUGGCAACCGCUGGCACCAGGCUUGGGUCACUCUUCACCACCAGCUAGAGGCCAGCACCAAGUACCAGCUGCUGUUUGAAGGCCUCCGGGAUGGGUACCGCGGCACAAUGGCCCUGGAUGACAUGGCUGUACGGCCAGGCCCCUGCUGGGCCCCCAAGAGCUGUUCCUUUGAAGACUCUGACUGCGGCUUCUCUCCGGGGGGCUUGGGGCUGUGGAAGCGCCAGAGUAAUGCCUCAGGCCAAGCUCCUUGGGGUCCUUGGACAGACCACACCACAGAAACAGCCCAAGGGCACUACAUGGUGGUGGACACCAGCCCAGAUUUACUGCCCAAGGGUCAUGUGGCCUCUCUGACUUCAGAGGAGCACCAGCCCCUGACCCAGCCUGCCUGCCUGACCUUCUGGUACCAUCUGAGCCUCCGUAACCCAGGCACCCUGAGGGUACACCUGGAAGCGAGCACAAGGCGCCAGGAGCUCAGCAUCAGUGCCCACGGUGGAUUCGCCUGGCGUCUGGGCAGUGUGAAUGUGCAGGCUGGGCAGGCCUGGAGGGUAGUGUUUGAGGCUGUGGCUGCAGGUGUGGAGCAUUCCUACAUGGCUCUGGACGACCUUCUCCUCCAAGACGGGCCCUGUGCUCAGCCAGGGUCCUGUGACUUUGAAUCCGGGCUGUGUGGGUGGAGCCACCUUGCUGGGCCCAGCCUAGGUGCGUACAGCUGGGACUGGAGCCGCGGAGCCACCCCAUCCCGCUACCCCAAACCCACAGUGGACCACACCCUGGGCACAGAGGCAGGCCACUUUGCUUUCUUUGAAACCAGCGUGCUAGGUCCUGGGGGCCAAAAAGCCUGGCUUCGCAGUGAGCCACUGCCAGCAACUACAGCCUCAUGCCUCCACUUCUGGUACUUCAUGGGCUUUCCUGAGCAUUUCUAUAAGGGUGAGUUGAGAGUGCUCCUGAGCAGUGCUCAAGGCCAACUAGCUGUGUGGGCCCAGGGCGGGCACUUGCGGCACCAGUGGAUCCAAGUCCAGAUCGAAGUGUCCAACCCUGAGGAGUUCCAGAUUGUUUUUGAAGCCACUCUGGGUGGCCAGCCAGCUCUGGGGCCCAUUGCCCUCGAUGACGUGGAGUAUUUGGCAGGACGGCACUGCCAGCAGCCUCUACCUAGCCAGGGUGAAAGGGCACCCAUGUCUGUGCCUAUAGCUGUUGGGGGGGCCCUCCUCUUCUUCAUGUUCCUGGUGCUCCUGGGCCUUGGGGGUCGGCAUUGGCUACAGAAACAGCCCUGCCCCUUCCAGAGGAGUACAGAUGCAGCAACCUCUGGUUUUGACAAUAUCCUCUUCAAUGCGGUAGGAACCCCCAGAUGUGGGCAAGUGGGAGAUUCUGCCUCCAUGCUUAAUGAUGGGAAAGCAAGAAGUGGUGGGCCAGGACUCAGGAAGAGACGCCUUGCCCCAUCCAUCCACGUCCAGACUGCCUUUCAACAGCCAUUGUCCAAUAUUCCUCCCUCCUUCCUAGGAUCAAGUUACCCUCCCGGAAUCCAUCACCAGCAGCUCAUAGACCAGACAAGGCCUGGCCCCUCCGGCCAACUCGCACAGCAUUCAGCCCUCCCAGAUACCCACGCUUCUACAGCUCUUUCUCCAUCUGGUGGCUUUGCCCUCUGGUGUAAUCAAGGGUGGAGGGGUCCUUGCACUGUGAAUAAACAUUCUACACCAGUGAGGGCAACCCAGGCUUCAGGCUGCACUUCGUAUUUGCUGUACUUGGCAGAACAUAUCAUAGCUGGAAGGUGGGUGUCCCUCCCGGGGUUCAAGACCUAACCUGAGACAGAAUUCAGAGAGUGGGUGUGGAACCCCCUCAUUGACUUUAGUGCAGCUCAGAAAUUACAGGAUCCACCUAAGGACCCACCACCCUACCCAGCAAGGAACGGGCUCAGCUUCUAACUUACUAGGUGGUUUUAGACCCAAUGAGGAUGGGAUCACCCCACAGAUACAGGAAAACUGGGGGUGUACGGGCACCUGAAAACUGGUUUGGUGAGGAGAAAGGCUGUAAGUGGUGAGGCUGAGGUCACUGGGUGCCCAUCACGCUUCGCAGCAGGACACCCCAGGGAAGCUGCUCUUUAGCCUUUGGACUACAGGACUAGAGAUGUGAGAACAGCUCAGGCUGCCACCCUGAAUCAGGACGAUGUGAUGGUGACACAUCAGUGGUUUCUGAAGUCCCCAUCUUCCACGUAAUGCUGUGGCUUCACUGAGGGCCCUGAGGGCUGUCCUCAGGGCAAGGGAGUGGCCAUCCACUCCUCAGCAAUCAGGUGCUCCCUUCCUAGCCAAGGAAACCUGUCCUCACCAUAGAUACCAUAUGUUCCGAGCCAGGCUCCUGCCUGUCCAAAAUUCAGCUAGCUCCCUGGGAAAGAGGUGGUGGGACACGGCCAGGUACCACCCUGCAUCUUCAGCUACUACAAGGCUGACCGAUGCCCACUUCUCUGAGCAGACAGACAGGACUGUCAAAUUCCAUAGAUAAUAAGACGAUAACGAAGGAAGUGCUUUCGUCCCUCAAACUGUGAUCUACGGUGGAGAGAACUGGAGGCUGAGAGUGCUAGGCCCUGCUUCUCUCCAGCAGAACACAGGCUCUCAGAAGACAGCGCCUCCUCCCAGGCACUACUUCCCGGGGAGUUCUUCUACCUCCAGC